UUCUGGAGUGACCAAUUACUACUAGCUGAGCGGUUCGAAAGCGACUUUAAGAAUCACCCUUUGCCUUUGGCCAGAAUCAAAAAAGUCAUGAAGAGUGAUCAGGACGUUAAGGCGUGCGAAAUUUUUAUAUCUGAAAUCACAAUGCGAGCGUGGAUUCAUGCGGAAGAAAAUAAACGCCGUACGUUACAACGUAGCGACGUAGCCUCAGCUGUUAGUAGAUCAGACCAAUUUGAUUUCUUGAUCGAUAUUGUUCCAAGGGAUGAGUUACCUAAACCUGUUAACAGAAGGCCAAAAGAUGAAUCUUCAACGGAUCCAAUUUUCACAGAUCAAAAUAGUUUGGCUUAUUUUCAAUCUGGAAUUCCAUAUUCAGCAGACCCCACCACCGCCACUUACUAUCAACAGAUCCAAGAACAUCAAAUUCAACUUCAUGAACAAAUUCGUCGUCAACACCAAGAACUUAAUAGACAAACUGACACAACUCCACAAACUGUAACAAAUCAACAAGAACAACUUCAAUUAUCUCCUGAACAAUUACAGAAAAUACAAUCUUCCGUUGCAAAUUCUACACCUUCAGAUGAUUCA